AUGGGCCGGUUCAAGUUCGAUCGUCGUAAUCGCUUGAUUGCUACUAUUGCAAUUUCUUUCAUGUUUUUCGUCGCUGAGAUUACAGCUGGCUUUUACACGCAUUCUCUUGCCCUCGUUGCGGAUGCUUUUCAUUACUUCAGUGACCUCGUGGGGUUCGUUGUUGCCUUGACGGCACUCCAGGUUUCCGAACGCUCGAAGCCAGUACCAUCAGGCUAUACAUUUGGAUGGCAGCGAGCUACUAUCUUGGGUGCCUUUUUCAAUGGAGUUUUUCUUCUGGCACUCGGCAUCAGUAUUCUGGUUCAAGCCAUUGAACGCUUCAUCAACAUCUCGACAAUUGAAAACCCCAAGCUGGUCCUCAUUAUUGGGUGUAUCGGGUUUGGUCUGAAUGUGCUAGUCAUGUCAUUUUUGCACGAGCACGACCACGACCACGGACACGACCACGGAAAUGCGCAUAGCCACGACCACGGCCACGGCCACAGUCAUAGUCAUGAUGGUAAAGAACGCCAUGCUCAACUUUCCGAAGAAGUCAUUGAGUCCCACGCGUCUGCUAGCGACAGUGACAGAGAGAGUUUGGAACUCAGCGCAAGUCUUCACAGAGUGACCGCCGUGGCGCACAGCCACAAAGACCUAGGCAUGAUGGGUGCAUUCCUUCACGUUAUGGGUGAUGCCAUUAACAACGUUGGUGUGAUUAUUUCAGCGCUGGUAAUCUGGCGAAUGGAGGGAGAGAAGAAGUACUACAUCGACCCAGCAAUCGGAGUGUUCAUUGCCAUCAUGAUCUUCUUCACUGCGAUGCCAUUGACCAAGAGAGCCGGGCGUAUUCUGAUGCAAACCACACCUGAAGGGAUCGACAUCAAGGACGUGAAGGAGGAUAUCGAAAUGAUCCCCGGCGUUGAUUCCGUCCACGAGCUGCACAUCUGGAAGUUGAACCAAACGAAGUCAGUUGCAUCGGCACACAUCGUGGUGGACAAUGGCUUUAGUGGAAAAUGGGCACCAAUUGCGAGAACAAUUUUGGAGUGCUUCCACGCCUACGGCGUUCAUUCGAGAGGCCUCCAAUCAAACCAAAGGAAACGCGAGUUUGUCAGCUGCUGUGCAGCAGUUUCUGCAGCGCGAAGCGAUGCUGCCGAUGAGCAUGAUCUGAAGGCUGAUGGCUGGCGCGGCACUUCCUGGAAAGUUUAUCUGCACGAUCAUAUGAGGAUAUUUGAAGAAUAUGGCACAUGGGCUUAUUAA